CGCUGAAGAAAAUCUGACAUCCCCUGACUCCAUGACUGCUGACGUAAAACCUUUGACUAGGACGCUACGUUUGGCUUCUUCAGGCCUCCAGGGGAAGUUAAAAGAUGUCCCAGAGGAACCGUCCACAAUCGAGGUACCUGCAGGUCAGAUGAUCAGAAUGCAGGGGGAGCUGCAGAUCAAAGUCAAACCGCCAGGAAACAAGGCUCUGGAUAACUGGGAGGAGGUGUUUGCUGUCCUGGAGAAGGAGACACUGAGUCUGUACACAGACAGAGCUGCUGCUGCACAGGGCACCACUAGGUGGCCUCCUAUCAACAUUGUUGGAGCAGUUUGUAAAGACAACCCCUUCUACAGGAGAAAGGAGAACACGUUCAAAGUGAUUCUGGAAGACAGUCAUUUCAUGUUUGCUGCCCCCAGUGGAGAACUUCAGCAGCUGUGGCUAAGUAAGCUACAGAACCGUCCUGAAGCUUGCAGCAGCGACUCUGAAGACUCAGGGAGGGCGUCGUCUGUUAACUUGAGUCUGGAGAAACUGACAGAAGCUGCGGAAGACGUGGCCCCGCCCACUUAUACGUACAGUCGAACUCAGAGUCUGGAGAGACAGUUGUCCUCAGAGGGUCAGCGUCCACCCAAACCACCACACACCUACUACAACAGACACCGCUAUCCUGAGGGUGGAGAGGGCGGAGCCAUAGGUUUUCAGAGAGGAACUCUGGAUUCUUCUCUAGUCUCUCCAGACAACCAGGCAGCGCCCCCUCUGACCUUUGAGGAGGCAGAGGACAAUGGGAACCAGGACAAGGCCAAGAAGGUCCGGGGAUUCAGGAAGUUCUUCAGCAAAAAAUGAAGCUCCGUCACUUGGCACUUGUGACGUGGUUAUAAUCACCAUCAUGUUUAUCAGUGUCAUUGUCGGUCACCUGGGACAUUAUCAUUGUCCUGUGUCGUCAUUAGUUACCUUUGUCUCCUAUGAUGUCAUCAGUAUUCUGUGACAUAAUGAGUCUGACUAAUGACGUGACAAAAACAAUGACAUCACUGCAGAAUGAUUAGUACUGAUUUUUAAACUGUUUUUUAAUAAUAAGCGAAUUAUUCAUUCAUGUUAUUCAUGAUUUCAUAGUUUUCAUAAAUAAGUCAAAUAUUAGGUAAAAAAAGAACAGAAAUAAAACAAACUAUUGCCGUUGACCCCUUUUCCAGAGGGAGGACAGAAGAGGGUGGGGCCGCACUUUGAACACCACUUAGUUGCUCAUUUUGUUUAAUAAAUUGAUGAUAAA